UUUUCUCAAUUUAGUUGUAUAAACUUUGAGUUCAGUAAUUAUUUCCUGACCUAAAUCUGAACAUAAGGUCUACAACGAGACCGCUUGUCGGCCGGCUUUGUAUCAGUGUGUAAUAUUGAGCCGGGUUUCUGGUGUUAUUCCUUUGUAAAUACUGUUAUUUGUAUAUACUGUAAAUGAUGACGUCCAUGGGCGGGAACCGAGCCCGGGGCAGCUGGGAGCAGACACAGAGCCAGACGCAGAGCCAGACACAGCACAAGCAGAGGCCUCAGGCCACUGCUGAGCAGAUCCGACUUGCGCAGAUGAUUUCAGACCACAAUGAUGCAGACUUUGAAGAGAAAGUCAAACAGCUGAUCGACAUCACAGGCAAGGACCAGGAUGAGUCUAUGAUUGCACUGCAUGAUUGCAAUGGGGAUGUCAACAGAGCCAUUAACGUGUUGCUGGAGGGAAGCCCAGACACUGACUCCUGGGAAAUGGUGGGCAAGAAGAAAGGGGUGUCAGGUCAGAGAGAGAUCAACCAGGCAGAAACCGGAGAGGAAGGGAAAGAGAACAGAGAGAAAGGAGGAGAGAAAGAUGCGGCACGUCGUCGAGGUGGGGCACCACGCAAAGGCCGCGGAGCCAGCAGGGGACGCGAGUUUCGAGGCCAGGAGAAUGGGUUGGAUGGUGGCAAAGCCGGAGUAGCUGGGAGAGGAGCAGAGCGAGGAAGAAGGGGCAAAGGUAGAGGAAGGGGAGCUGUUGGAGUAACUGGACGGCGAGGUGGCAGAUUUUCAGCCCAGGGCAUGGGCCAGAUUGAUAAGGGGUCCAGAUAUGAUAUUGCAGAAGGUGAGAGGACAUUCAACCCUGCUGACUAUGCUGAGCCAGCCCAGACAGAAGAAAACUAUGGCGGGGGCAGUACCUGGAACAACACAGGAAGCAUGGAGUUAGAAGAAGGAGCACGUUUGGAAUACUCAGGAGAGGGAACAAAUUACCCACCCAAGUUUGACUCUGCUCCUGGUGCCUGGAGGUCAGCCCCAGAGGAGUGGGGUACUGAGGACUGGAAUGAAGAUCUGUCGGAGACAAAGAUAUUCACGGCUUCUAGCGUGGCAUCAAUGCCUCUGCCUCAAGAGAAUGUUACAAUCACCAAAGGACAGAGGAUUGACCUUGCAGUACUGCUAGGAAAGACUCCCCCUUCUUCAUCCUCUGAGACAGAAAAUGCCCCCAUGGAGGCCACCCAGCCCCCCUCUCUUCCACAAUCACUGGUUUUUAGCAACUCCAAGCAACUCUCCCAAACAUCCUCCAGUACCCCUUAUACUCAGCACAGCAUGGUCAGCAUGCUGAGCAAAGGAUUUGGGGAAGUUGGAGAUCCUAAAGGACCUAGCACAGGGACCACUGGCUCCCAGUUCCUGGAGUAUAAAACAGUUCAGGCACUGGCCCAACUGGCAGCCCAGCACCCCCAGACUGGACCUCCCAACACAGCCCCUUCAUCCUGGGACACCAGUGCCACCUCACUGGAACAAUAUGAUAUGAAGACACAGCCAGAGUCUGGGAUCCAUACACCCUUUACAAAGCGGCAGCCCUAUCAGGCUGCCACCUCAACCUCGUCCAUGUUGGAUGUUUUCCUGCAGGACAAAGGGCUGCCUCCUUCCUCCUCUGUCUCUUCAUCUUCUUCCUUACCACAACAAACAACAUCCUCACCCCAUGUGGUGCCGCCACCUGCUUCCUCUCUUCCCAAAAUGGCAGCAGUCCCUUCUCUGGGUCAGCAAGUCUCCCCAAGUUCCUCAGAUGCCCAGGGUUCAAGUCCACUGCCUUUGCAGCAACACAAACUCAAACAGCAGAAAAAGAGGACUUCCAUUACUACAAAGAUACCAGCUAUGGCUGUUGAAAUGCCUGGAUCAGCGGACAUUUCAGGCCUCAAUCUUCAGUUUGGAGCACUGCAGUUUGGGUCGGAACCAGUUCUACAAGAGUACGAGUCCACCCCUGCUACAACGACACCUGGCAACCAGGUUCAGAACAGUCUGUACACCAGUCCCAGCAGUGAGUCGACUCCAGCUCUUUCCAAUUCCAACCAGAUGGACUUGUACGAUCCGAGAACAUCUCAGACACGACGUUAUCCUCCCUCCGUCUCCUCCUCUCCACAAAAGGAUAUGCAGCCCAAGAAUGGCUUUAGUUCAAUACAAGCAACACAAUCCGUGGAAGCUGCAGCAGGAUCUGCAGUCUCGGUAAAGCCAGUUUCUGAUUCGGUCACAGCGGCAUCGGUCUCCAGCAUGGGCACUUUGGCAGACAGUGGCCCAGGCCCCGCGUCCCUGUUAACUACAUCCAAUCAGCCAUCCCUUAGUGCUCUUGGGCACAAUGAAGACCUGCCCCCAAGCACCAUCCCCCCUCCACAGCACAACUCCCAUCCAUCCCAACAGAACAGCCUUGCUCCAUCUUCAGUUCGGACAUCUAACUCCACCUUAUUGCAUCCCAGCGUAGACGGUGACUCGAGUCUGCACUCCUCCUUCCCUUCUUCUGUGUCAGCUGUACCGUCUUCAUCAGUCCCCGCCUCCUCUUCUUCUGUGGGCGUGGCACAGGUGUCACUUGGGGCUCCCCAAGCAUCCUCAGUGGGCUCUUCCACAGUCUCAGCUCCCUCUGGGCUAGGUCCUGUCAGCAGUCUGGCUAUGGGCCUCAAUGUUGCCUCCAUGGGCGCCCCACAAGUAGCCCCCACCACUGUUUCAGUCUCGACAACAUCCUCAAUCAUUCCCUCUUCAGCAUCAUCAUCUUCCACACGCAGCUCUGCAGCAACCUCAGGGAAAGCACCUCCAAAUCUGCCACCUGGAGUGCCCCCUCUAUUGCCCAACCCAUACAUAAUGGCUCCUGGUCUGCUGCAUGCUUAUCCUCCUCAGAUGUACGGCUACGAUGACCUACAGAUGCUGCAGACAAGAAUACCGCUGGAUUAUUACAGUAUCCCAUUUGCAACUCCUACAACAGCACUGACUGGCAGAGAGGGCAGUCUGACAAGCAACCCGUACUCUGGUGACUUAUCGAAGUUCGGUCGAGGUGAUGCAUCAUCCCCGGCUCCGGCCACCACAUUAGCUCAGACACAACCAAAUCAGACCCAGACGCAUCACACCACACAGCAGCCCUUCCUAAAUCCAGCACUGCCACCUGGUUACAGCUACACAAGCCUCCCAUAUUACACUGGCAUGCCAGGCCUGCCCAAUACCUUCCAGUAUGGACCUGCUGUGUUUCCGGUGGCUCCUACCUCUUCAAAACAGCACGGUGUGAAUGUUGGCGUCAAUGCAUCAGCCACACCCUUCCAGCAGGCUAGUGGCUACGGUUCCCAUGGAUACAGCACUGGCUAUGAGGAUGUGGGCCAGGCUUCAGGGAGUGGGGAUUUCUGUAAGGGCGGAUACGGCACUGCCGUGGCCGCUGCUGCUUCUGCACAAAACAAGCCAGCCAGUUCUGUCACCGGGCCUGGAGUCGGAGUCUCUGUGACGUCAAGCAACACAGGGGUACCGGAUAUUUCAGGGUCUGUUUACACAAAGACGCAGUCGUUUGAGAAGCAGGGUUUCCACGCUGGGACGCCAGCAGCUUCAUUCAGCCUGCCCUCAGCACUGGGGAGUGGAGGGCCCAUUAACCCCCCAGCUGCUGCAGGGUAUGCUCCAGCCCCCUUCAUGCACAUCCUGGCCCCGCACCAACAACCCCAUUCUCAGAUUCUGCACCACCACCUGCAGCAAGAUGGGCAGAGCGGCACUGGACAGCGUAGCCAGAACGCCUCCAUCCAACAGAAGUCUCAGAUCAACAAGGCAGCAUACAACAGCUACAACUGGGGAGCAAACUAACAUCAACCGACCAGGUCCCUCCCAUGGUGUUGACAAGCUGAAAGGGAUGCUUAUCAGUCUUUCUGCAAACAGUCUCCACAUAUAAACUCCCUAUUCCUCCUGCAGAGAUUUCCCUCCCCAGUCUCUUGACCCAGCACUCCAGCAGCUCUGACCGCAGUCAGAGGAGGUGCUGUGCCGAGAGAACGAGCACUGAGUUGCAUGGAUGACUGGGAGGGCCAGGAGGGGGUUAGAAGAGAGAGGGAGACUGGAGAUAAAUGGUUAUAGAAAUCAAGAGGUGAAAUAUUGAGUGUUGGGAAUUUGUAUUGUGAUAAUCCCCCCCCCACCCCCCCACCCCAUUUUCUUUGACUUGUAUGUAACAUAGAACUGUUUUCUAAAAGAAUGAACAUUUCCUGUAUGGUCUUUUCUUUCCCAUGUUUUCUUCUUUCUGAAUGAAGGGGAGGAUUGAAGUAAAACCUGAAGGUGGGGGGGACAGGCUGGUUUUGUAUUUCUCACCCUCAACUCACCUCUCCCUUAAUAUUGGUGGAAACUCUUCCCUCCCACACAAAAUAUCCAAAAAUAAUAAUUCGCUGUUGAAUGUUUAUUUCUUCUUCUUCUUUCUUUCUUUCUUUCUUUCAUUUUAUGUCAUUUUAAGUUUGAAGAAACAAUUCUCUAAAUUGGUAGAGUUGUGAAGUUUAUUUUUUACCAAAUAUAGAUAUAUUAUAUAUAAAGACAUAUAAGCAAACUCACUGGCUUGGACUGUGAGGAAAGUGUGUUUGUCAUGUGACUGCGUGCAUGUUUGUAUAGACGGGGGCCGUGGUUGUUUACUGUGCUUUGUUUUCUGCCUAGCACAGGAUUUUUCAUUAUCCACUGCUUGUACAGUUACUGUUCCCAUGAAUUAUAAAUGCGUUGCAUAAGGUCCCAUCUUUUCUGAAAGACAUUAAGAAUGAUUUCCAACGCCAACACACCCUAUCUGCCUUCCAGUGUGUUAUGUCUCUGAGCCCCCCUCCCCCUCCCUAUUCCACCACGUCCCCUAACAUCCUAGGGAAAUCUGCAGCAUUGAAUACUGAUGGACAGAAUUGUACUAUGGGUUUUUUUCUUUUGUCAGUGAUUUAUUUUUCUUUUUGUACUGUGCAUUUUAAGAAAAAAAAUUAAAUGGAUAAAUUGUCUUGUACAUAUAUGAAAAAAAAACACAAGUACUGUAGUCCCUGUUUGUCAAUGGCUUUCUCUUUUUCCUUCUCAAAUCCUUGCAGACUUGUUAGCCUUUUUUGUUUAAUGUUUUUUUUUAUUUUGUAAAAAUAUAUAAAUAUUAAGUAAAUAAAAAAAAAGGCAUUUUCAUCAUUUUGGAUGUUAAUGUCUUUUAAUAAAC